AGUGCACGUAAGCAAAAACCAACUGUGUCCCACGUGUGCAAAUGAGUGUUUGAACAUGCGCAUCUCCAUGUCGGAAAUAGGACCUUAACUCACACACUCCUGACAUUUCUGCAGGUGACAAAUUGAGAGAACUCUGCACCGGUGUCUGCCUCAUCAAGCUCUCAUACGACGCGCUCACCGUGUUCGUGCACGUUACCGGUGACAGAUGUUGAUGGAGGAUCAGCUCAUUUGAUGGAUUAGCACUGCUGAACGGAUGUGUGUUUUCAGAACGUGAAGCUAUUACGUCGGCAGAACCCCUAAAUGUCUAAUUCAACGAUUAACCUGUCUUACAAUGGAUAUGUUGUACCACACAAAGACGUACAUCUAUGUCUUCCUGCUGAAAGUCCUUACAACGAUGUGUCCAUCUGUCCGUCACCGGACCCUUCCUGGAAUAUCUCUAAUCACAGUGAUGGAGAAGCCAGCAGCUCACCUAAUAUCCACAUGCUAGAUCACUUCCAAAGCGAAGGAUUGUUCGUAAAUAACUGUCAAAGCACUUCCUCGCGAGAAGAUAAGUUGUUCUGCAACACAAGCAUGAGCCUGAGCCAAACCUGCUUCCCCACCCCUCUCAAUGGCCUUGUUGAUUUCUGCAAUAAAAGCUUGAGCGCACAAGGCUAUCCAGACCCAAAGGAGUCCAAAAAUUUUAAUGGGACCAAGAAGAAUGGAAGUGACACCGUUGUGACAUCUCCUCCCGAUUCUACUGCAGAAGGCAAACUAAAUUCAUGUGAAGCCUCUCAAAGAGGAUCGACUGAGAACGAUAGCUGCUCCAUGAGCUCUGGUGAAAUGGUGUUAAGAAGCAACAGUUUUUGUUUGGGGGACCAGACCCCCUCAGUAUUUUCUUCCCUUGAUGAGUCAUCCACCUCACCAUCUGUCGGGCAUGCGGCAUUGCACAAUGACUCUCACAUGCUGACCACGCCCACCAUGUCAGAUGUUUGUGAAAAAAUGACUGAGAAUUCAGGGCAUCCAUACCUUGGCAAGACCUUCACACUCCCUGAAAACUGCGAGCUUACCAGCGAGGAAGAUGAUUUGAGUUGGCCCACAUCUAUGGUUACGCCAAAUGCAAAUCAUGGGGGUCUUCAGAUGACCUUUGUGUGUGAUUCUUCUCCAGAUCAUAAAAACUGGUUAGCUUGUGUUGAAUCAGAGCCAUUGGCAUAUUCCUCCGGGGCCUUUACACCAGAGAAAUGUAUUAUUUUUGUACCUUCUCUGUCAACUAUACAGGACACAGAUAAGGCUAAACAGACUUCUACACCACUAUCAAACAUGGGGAACCAAAUGCUUGCCUCCUUUUUAGAAUCUCCUUGCACCGAAAUUGCAGGCAGUCCAAUAUUAUACCCAACUGAACAGCAGCAAGCAUUUGCCACGCCUACAAAACACGGUGCCGUGGGACAAUCUCUCUCUACCAGAAAAAUAAAGACAAUGAAGAUCAAUUGUCCGAAAUCAGACUUGAGUAAUGUCAACGCUAAAGUUGGAACAAGAACUGUGACUGGAACAAUGGUGUCCGGGUCAUCUCCGCAGCAUAAAAAAACGCAAUCAAGCGUGCUUAGUAAAUGCGGAGAACGUCCCGAAGUAGCUAGCAGGAUUAGUCCAACUAAAGGAAGGCAUAACAAUGCAUUUGUUCCCGUUGUGACGAAAAGAGCCAACGGUGCUCAGAGACGAGUAAAUCCAAGGGCUGCUCACUUGGGUUUCCCAAUCACACAGUCACCUGAGAAUGAUGUGGGCAAUGGAAAGUGCAAUCGUAGCAUGUCCACUGCGGCAAUUAACUCUCCUGUAGCCCAAUGCAGCAAGGCCUGGAUGGAGACGGAACAAAGCGCUCUAAGUGACAACUCUCCAGCUCAGUCUACUGCCAACCAAACCUUCUGCUUAUUAUCCCUUGAAAAAUCCCCUGAUAAAAGUUUGGAGAAAGAUCAGAAACCAACGCCGAAGAACGCAGCAAACAAAACGGAGGUCAAGUCAGGCUCAGCUUUGCUUCAGGUCAAGACAAGGCCUCGAUGUUCAACGGAGACUUCCUCACCUCAGCCCCCCAAGCAAAGGAAAACCAUUUCAAAGUCCUUGUCUGCUGUUACAAUUCCAAGACAAGAGAAGCAAAGUAAACCAGCAAUCCUCAACACCUCUUCCCAGAGUAAACUGGCCUUACAUACUGAGGCCUUCAAAAGACCGGCUGCAAACCAGAGUCCAAGAGAAAUUAAUAAGAUCAGCCUAGUCACAGAAUCCGGCAGGGAGGGAGCAGCCUCUUCGGAGAACAGCAGAACCCAAAGACAAACGUUUCCAAACCAACCACAAGGGACAUACCUCGCGCAACAUCCCAUCGCCACUCACAGGCCUGCUCAGUCUAUCAGGCAGCGAGGAGGAGAUAAUUGGGGUGGAGGCACCCCGCAGUCAAAGCAGAAUACGAGUACAGCGGGGAGCGGAAGGAAUGGUGCAACAAGAGACUCAUCCUUUGAACCAGCCUCGGCUGCAAGUGUCAAGCCCCAACUGAAUGUAUCCCGACCUUUCGCAACUCCCACGCGUCCCUCUUCUGUGGACACUCCCUCCAUUCCUGCCUCUCGACUGCCGCGCAAGACCCCGGUGUCAUCCAAGAGCCUAAACAGAGGAAGCAUUCACAAUGAUCAGAAUGAAGGUGCAGCAAGUUUACAAGUUUCUGGAGUGGCUGCACGUAAACAACCCCCUGUUAAAACGGGUGCACUGAAAGCAAGACUCAUAUCAAGCCCUGGGAGGUGGACUGGACCAGUUGUACCGACUACAAAUUCACCUACCUGUACCAACAAAGGCGCUUCUACUUCUACUCGGGGUCCUCUAAAAAGAAGUCUGUCUUCUAGAUUUGUUGGUUUGACACCAAAUAAACCAGUAGACAAGAACAAGCCCAAGACCUGCUCUCGGCAGCAAGCGUCAACAUCCCAAGUAAAACCGAAUCAUGGACCUCCUAAAACGAUGCCACCCAGUCAUCCACGGGAUGACGGAAGUGAUCAGAGGAUCCAGAAUCUUGGGAAACUGCUUGCAGCCUCUAACAGCAGAUUUGAAGCCGUUAGUAUCGUCUUGCAGCAAGCGCUGGCUGAGCGUGAUGAAGCCACAGGGCAGUGCAGAGAACUAUCUCAGCAGUUGGUCAACCUCCGAGGAGAGCUUGAGUGCUCAGUCCAUUCAUCUGAACGACUGGAAAAGGAAAAGCAAAACUUGCAGGAUGCUCUGGAGGGUGCAAUGCGGGGACUGCAGGAGCAGCACCAGAAGGACCUGGAAGAGAUGGAGCAGAGACUGCAGGCCUUCUACCAGGCUGAGUGGGAUAAGGUCCACCUCACCUACCAAGGGGAGGCAGACAAGUGCAAAGCUCUGCUACAAAAGCAGAUGGAACAACUCGAAGUAAGUCAUGACGCCAUGAAGCUGGAAUUGGAGCACAGCCACGAAGAGCAGUUGCAGUGUGUUAAACAACAACAUGAAUGCUCAUUGGAAGAGCUCAACAAAACCCACAUUCAGCAACUGCAGUCUUUGGACGCAAGUUUGAAGGAUUCAGAAGCAGCACUUUCUGCACAGAUUGAAGCGCUGACUCAGGAAAAUGCUGACCUGAUCGGAAAGCUAACAGCAGAGGAGAACAAAAGGAGAGAGCUGGCAGAAAGUCAGAAUGACCCGCACACUGUGUAUCUGAAGCAAGAGCUGGAAAGCCUGAAGGUGGUGCUGGAUAUCAAAACCAAACAACUUCACCAACAGGAGAAGAAGAUGAUUGAAAUUGAUGAACUGCUUGAGAAAAAUGUGAAGUUAGACGAGAGACUUAACAAGGUCCAACAGGAGAAUGAGGACCUCAAAGCUCGCAUUGAGAAAUACGCUGCUCUCUCAAGGCAACUGUCUACAGAGCAGGCUGUGCUGCAAGAAUCCCUCCAGAAGGAGUCAAAUGUGAACAAGCGUUUGUCGAUGGAGAAUGAAGAGCUGCUCUGGAAACUCCACAACGGGGAACCGAGCAGCCCGCAGAAGGCCUCGCCCAGCUCUGCAUCUCCAUCCCACUCCUUCAGCUUGCAGUCACCCCGCAGCUCCGGAGCCUGCUCGAUCUUCCCACCCUCGCCCAGAUAACGACUGCCCCGCCUGCUUCCGGGAAGCAGACAGACUUGUUGAAGGCGUCCAUCUUAAAGGUCACCUUGUUGACCUAUUGGUGUAGCACCAUUAUCAGUCUGUGGGGGUGGAUCAUAUUUUUCAGAUGAACUCUGAAAUGAUCUAGAAUGAUGCACACAAGCACUUAAUAAGCAAAGCUAUGCUGUUCUUUGUCUGUCUAUACAAGGAUUUGUGUGAAGGGGGGUGUCAAAGAAUCUCAGUACUUGUCUGUCAUGAAAUACGAUUUUUCUUGAAGCCACUGGAUGCUUAUUUGUUUUGAGGCUCGGCACGUGCACUGCAUGCACAUGGAUGCACAUAUUUAGCCCUGCCGUAUUCAGGCUGUGGAUUCCUGCACCUUAAGUCACGUUUGAGGGUGUGACCUGCAGCUGUCUCGGUACAAUUAAACCGAACAGUUUCAGCAAGACACCAGCUUAAAUACUACGGCAGGUCCAGUAUUCCCCUCAAAUGUGUCACUCUUCCUGUUUUUGUUGUUUGACCACGGGACCAAUCCCAAUUUUGAGUAUGUUUUUGUGCAUCACAUCCAACUUCGUGUCCCUCAAGGAAUCCUAACACGGCUCUAAAAUUGGGGUCUGCUGGCAGCAGGAGGCUUUGCUUUAGCACGUCGUCUUAUUCUAUUUCUGGUGUGUUGGCGCUGUUUGAAAUAUGCAAUAUUUGGAAUAUUAAUAAACUUGUAUUUUAAACCUGC